CAUUAUUUUCUGAACUAAUAUUUCCCGACUUCAUUUGGAUGUCGUGAUUUUUCUGAGAUUUUACGCACGACAUGACACCUUCCGUUAUUAAAAAAAACAUCUCGAGGGCCCUGUAUACAGUUAUGUGGUUGUACAUAUUGGCAGCUUGGGGUGUGUCUCUCUCCAGUGCCACUUCUGAAAUGUUUACGUGUUCGGUACCCGUGGAUCCGGUCUCGGCACGGUUGGGACAUGUUGCCACCAUACCAUGCUGGCUCACCCCUUCCAUGAACGCAGAGGGCCUGGAGGUGCGUUGGUACCGGCCCAAAGAUUUCGACAACCCGGUCUUGCUCUACACAGAGAGGAAGAUCCAGGAAGCAUCACAGCAGUCCCAAUACGUGGGCCGCAGCUCCCUGGGGCUCCGGGAGCUUACGUCAGAAGGGCUGAAGGGAGGGGAUGUGACCUUGAAGCUGGUUAAUGUCACGCUGAGUGACCAAGGGGAGUAUGUGUGUUACGUCAGCAGUAACCAGGACUAUGGGACUGCCAGUGUCUUUCUCAAUGUGACUGUGAAGGGCACCCCUCCUCUCCUCUCAGCAGUCAGAACAGAUGCUGACUCUGUGAAUGUGAGCUGUGUUUCCCAUGGAUGGAAGCCAAGGCCCAGGCUACAGUGGUCAGAUGGGAGGCAGACUCUGAAACCUGAGAAGCUGGACUACAGCAGUGGUGCCCAUGGUCUGGUGUCUGCCCACAGCUGGGUCCUCUCUUCCCCCUCUAGUGCUCCCUGGGUAUCCUGUUCUCUGGUUUUGUCUGAAGGGGAGGAGUUGGAGGGAAGAGUGGACCUACGGAACAUUGCGGCUUUACCAGAGACUUCAUCAGGACUGAAAACAGCUGUCAUCAUUUUAGCUCUGCUUCUGCUCCUGUCCGUUGUCUUCAUCGGUGUGCUCUACAAAAAGAGAGAUAUAGUGGAUAUCGAGACUAUGGGACAACCUGAAGAUUUAGUGGAUAUAGAGACUAUGAGACAAGCUGGAGUGGAUGUCACAUUGGAUCGCAAGACAGCUCCUCCUUAUCUGAAAGUUAGUUUAAAUAGUAAAAUUGUGAGAGACAGUGAAGAUAAUCCAUGUCCUCCGGGUAAGCAUGCUUAUAUACUUGGAACUCGUGCUUUUACCUCGGGCAGCCAUGCUUACUGGGAGGUUAGACUGGAUAAGGAGCAGGUAGGCGUUAAACAAUCCUGGUGGGUUGGACUGGCAAGUGGGUCUGUUAAUGGACAAGGUGAUGUACCAGCUUCCAAUGGUUUCUGGUUCCUGUCCUCAGACAAAGAGAAAUUCUUACGGCUUAAUAUGGCCCCCGACAUCCUACUUCCUGCCUAUCCCAGACCUCAGAUACUAGGGUUGUAUUUGGACUAUGACCAAGGAGUACUCUCUUUUAUCAAUGUGAAAGAAAAUAAACUGAUUGUCACUGUGAAAGCUAUGUUCAUUGGGGAGGUGUUUCCUCUUUUUAACCCAGGUCAAGGUGACACAGCCCCUAUGACGAUAUUAGAUGCUAGCCACUAUAAAACAGGAUCUGUAGAAGUUUCUGUUUCUGAAAGAGAGGGUACUGUCACUCCACCUGCUGAAAAGGCUGAGACUGUUGCCCUUGUAGCUUCUAACCAAAGUCGCAAUCAUCAGACUUCUGAACGCAAAGACUGUCUUUAAAUGUCUGUAACACAAUGAAAAGGUAGAUGGAUGUGGUAGAUUGAUGGAUGUGGUUGAUGUAGUGGAUGGAUGGACGUAGUAGAGAUAUAGUAGAUGGAUGUAGUGGCUGGAUGGAUGUAGUAGCGAUAUAGUAGAUGGAUGUAGUGGAUUGAUGGAUGUAGUAGAUGGAUGUAUUGGAUUGAUGGAUGUACCGUAGUAGAGAGAUUUUGUUGAUGGAUGGAUGUAGUAGAUGGCUGGAUAUAGUAGAUGGAUAUAGUAGAUGGAUGUAGUGGAUUUAUGGCUGUAGUUGCGAUAUAGUAGAUGGAUGGAUGUAGUAGAUGGCUGGAUAUAGUGGAUGGAUGUAGUAGAUGGAUGUAGUGGAUUGAUGGAUGUACCGUAGUAGAGAGAUGUUGUUGAUGGAUGGAUGUAGUAGAUGGAUGUCUACAUGGUGUUUGGUUUGACCAUCCCCUGUUUUUCACAGCAGUGCAGAACAAGAGACGGAAAGAGAAGCUCCUUGCAAUAUAGCCGCUUUCUAUAGUGCUCACUAUUAUUAUUUUAAUGGUAGAGCCAUCUGGUGACAUUUCAUUUGAAACCGUAGAUUUUUCCCUGUUACAGUUUGCAAUAUAGAGCAACAUACUGCUCACUAGAAAAUAUCAGAUUAUACUGACUGGAGUAUGUGCAUUUAAAAACAAUAAAAUCCUACUGGGAAAAGUCUUUUUCAACAGCCAACUGGAAAACUUAGCCAUCUUUCUAGGGCUCCAUCUUUCCGACUUGAAGUUCAUUGACUUGAAUGAUUUGACCUCGUUUUUCCUCCAAGUUCCCAGUUAUCUUGAAAGCAACAUGACCAUCACAUGCAGGUACCAUCAGUUCAGGAAAAUAGAAAGCGAAUUAUUUCAAUUUAUGCUCAGCUGUGCGUCGCAAGUGCCACACCAACUGAUCUAUUUUGUUAAUCAAAGCUUGAGAUUUGAAAUGUAAUAUUGUCUGAGAGGAACAUAAUAAUGUAUUAGGCCUCCUGAAAAAAUAACUAAUUCCUAACAGAACUGGUUUUAUAAUUUUAAUGUAAAAAUAUCCAAAUCAUGUUUAAAAGAAAAAAAAUCUGAAAAGUUGAUCUUGGCAUGCAAUAUAUUUUCUGGUUGUGGGAGUGGCCCAAUGGUCAAACAGAAACAGUUUACACUAUUUGGUGUUUUGACCAAUCAGACCAGGUCUGAAAAGAUCUGAUGAGAAAAUAUCUGAUGUAAUUGGUCGAAAUACCAAUUAGUGGAAAAAAUAUGAAUUACUGAGGACGAUAUUGCCACUCCUAUUUGCCAUAUCUGUAUACCAUCUAUUGCAUCUUAGCCUAUGCCGCUCGAUCAUCGCUCAUCCAUAUCUGCACAUAUUCUUAUUCCAUCCCUUUUCUUAGAUUUGUGUGUACUAGGUAGUUGUUGUGGAAUUGUUAGAUUACUUGUUAGAUAUUGCUGCACUGUCAGAACUAGAAGCACAAGCAUUUCGCUACACACACAAUAACACAUGGCUAACCAUGUGUAUGUGGCCAAUAACAUUUGAUUUGAUUUGUCUAAUUUCAGCCACAGCCUUGGAAGUGAACAGACAAGCAUUCACUCAAUUGCAUUGCUUUUCAUAAAGAAAUAUAAUUUUGAAAAUAUGCGACUGAUAUUGAAAUUCCAUAUCAUAUUGAUUUUCCAUAUCGCUGCCCAUCAGUGCUUUUAUCUCUGUCUAUUUAUCUAUACAAACCAAGCUAAAACUGCACACCUCUGAAAACAACCCAUCUCGACCAGCUGACAGCUAAUUAUGCUAGCUAGCUAAUUCAGCAAAAACAACGGCAAGGAAAGGUGUGGGAGAGAGACGUCCCCACGAGCUCAACAAUCCACAUAAAGAGACAUUCAUGCAAUGAUUGAACUUUGCCUUAUCUUGGCCAGGUCGCAGUUGUAAAUGAGCACUUGUUCUCAACUGGCCUACCUGGUUAAAUAAAGGUGAAAUAAAAAAUAUAUUUAAUAAAAUUAAGUGUUCACACUGUGAGAAAUUUUACAAUAUUUCACAAUCAAAUCAAAUCAAAUUGUAUUUGUCACAUGCGCCGAAUACAACAGGUGUAAACCUUACAGUGAAAUUCUUACUUACAAGCCCUUUUUCAACAAUGUAGUGUUAAGAAAAAUACCCCCAAAAAACAAGAAAUAUAAGUAACAAAUAAUUAAGAACAGCAGUAAAUAACAAUAGUGAGGCUAUAUACAGGGGGUACCGGUACAGAGUUAAUAUGCGGGGCACCGGUUAGUCAAGGUAAUUGAGGUAAUAUAUACAUGUAGGUAGAGUUAUUAAAGUGACUUAUGCAUAGAUAAUAACAGAGAGUAGUAGGGGGUAGAAGCCUCUUGAACCUAGACUUGGCGCUCCGGUACCACUUGCCGUGCGGUGGCAAAGACAACAGUCUAUGACAAUUUUUAGGGCCUUCCUUUGACACCGCCUGGUUGUAACUGACAGUUAGACGUACAGGUUAUGUCGUUGUCUUUUGUUUGAAUUUUUUACGUGUCCGCUGUGCGGGGGAAAUGAUAAUACAAGCGGUACUACGUAGCUAAUACUGUUGUAACGGGGAUCCGUAUUGUAGCAACACACUGUUGGAGGGAAGGCAAUCCUGAGCUGCGUUAGCUAAGUUUUCAUGUCAACGGGUGUAGUUCAUAAAGGUUGAAGAGUAUAUGUUAGGAUGAAGUGUGAAUUCAUGCCAGGAAUAAUACGUGUGAAGUUUGAUUUCCUCCCUUUUGUAAUAAGCAGCCAAUGAGGUAUUUUUCCUUUACUCACGUGUUUAAUCUGAACCCGUUAUAACGCCGGGUAAACUGUUAUGUAUGUAAGCACUUCAGAGUUAUACCAAGCUAAUAAGUCACUCGUAAGAUAAGGAGUUCUCACGGAAGGUGAUAAUUCUGACUAAAACUACUUGUGCUUGUGGUUACUGAAGGGAGCUACAAUCUGGUUUAGAGGUCCUUGAUGGCAGGAAGCUUGGCCCCAGUGAUGUGCUGGGCCAUUCGCACUGCACUCUGUAGUGCCUUGCGGUCGGAGGCCGAGCAGUUGCCAUAUCAGGCAGUGAUGCAACCAGUCAGGAUACUCUCGAUGGUGCAGCUGAAGAACCUUUUGAGGAUCUGAGGACGCAUGCCCAAUCUUUUUAGUCUCCUGAGGGGGAAUAGGUUUUGUCGUGUCCUCUUCACGGCUGUCUUGGUGUGCUUGGACCAUGUUAGUUUGUUGGUGAUGUGGACACCAAGGAACUUGAAGCUCUCAACCUGAUCCACUACAGCCCUGUCCAUGAGAAUGGGGGCCUGCUCGGUCCUCCUUUUCCUGUAGUCCACAAUCAUCUCCUUAGUCUUGAUCACGUUGAGGGAGAGGUUGUCCUGGCACCACAAUGCCAGGUCUCUGACCUCCUCCCUUUAUGCUGUCUCGUCAUUGUUGGUGAUCAGUCCUACCACUGUUGUGUCAUCGGCAAACUUAAUGUUGGUGUUGGAGUCGUGCCUGGCCGUGCAGUUAUGAGUGAACAGGGAGUACAGGACGGGACUGAGCACGCACCCCUGGGGGGCUCCAGUGUUGAUCAGCGUGGCAGAUGUGUUGCUUCCUACUUCCAGGAGGGGACUGAGCACGCAAUCUGAACGCCUGGGAAUAUUUUUACACAUUAGUUGGGAUGUUUUAAUUUUUGAUAGGGUGUUUCCAAAUAUAUAUUUUGUGAUUUUUCUUUAGUUUUGACAUCAUUUCUAAUUCCAUGUAUUAGCUACAUUUGUAUAAUGUCAAGUAAAAUGUAACGUGUCAGUUAAGAAUGUGUUUCUCAUUUAUUUAUUUUUAAAAUUUUAAAUUUUUUACAAUGGUUUUGAUUUUUCAGUAAUGUUGCGAUAGUGCUACUGUUUUUCCUGCAUUAUGUCAACAUAAUGUAACAAAUACUUCAGAAUUUUUACACUUAAUAAGUUGUCUAAUUGUUUUUAUUGUUGAUUAGUAAUUAUGUACACUGUGCCAAUAUGUUAUUGUAAAUUACAAAAAAAGGAAUAAAGAAAAUGGCGUCAUAAACAAA